AUGGAAGACGGAAAUUUGUUAGCAAAUUUGUCGGCAGACAAUAUUUCCGCACUUGAAGAACUUAUGCGGCAAGCUAGAAGAGGUUCCGAAAGCGAGGAGACACAACAGAAUACGGUCGAGGCAACGGAGAGUACUAGCGUCGAAUUUGACAAAGAGUUCUUCAUCGAAGAAGUCAGACAACUAAGUUGUCUUUGGGACACAAGCUCGUCUUUAUACAAAGACCGUACGGUCAAAGCGAAUGCCUGGAAGAAACUGUCUGAAAUUUUUGACAGGGACGGUAAGGAUUAAUCAUUAAUGUAUUUAAUCAAUAUGCGCUUCCGUUUCCGUUCAUGAAGCCACGCCUCCUCACUGCAACCAACAAUUUUAUAGGCAGCCAUUAUUGUAAUAUUGUUUAAACUUUUAAGUAAAUAUUUGGAGCACUAUGUCUAUAAAAUUUUGAAAAGGAGAAUGAACGAUACAUGCAAGAUACCCAUUCAAAUGUCGACGACUUUCAAUUGACUGAAUUUGCAAACAGGCUGAAGCCUGAAACAUUUUAAUAAAGCUAAGUAUUUGUUUUCUAGUUUUAUCAUAUUAAUUAAAUGCUUCGAAUAGCUAAGUUUUGUUUCUAGUUUUAUCAUAUAUGAAUUUCAUAUAAUGCGUUCAUGAAUACCUGAAUCGCGUGAGUAUCCAAUAUACUAUAGAUAUACUAAUGCAUUAAAGUAAAAGUAUAUUAUUGUAUGUAUUUUUAAUACUGUAAAUUUUCUUACUAUUGAAAUGGAUUUUUAAUAUUUUAGUGGAUUUUCUUCAAAGACAACUGAAGAACUUGAAGGAUAGUUUAAAAAAAUGUCUCGACAAGAGGUCCAAGAUGACCAGAUCUGGGGCGGCUGCUUCAUCUUUGCCUCAGUGCAGGUUCUUCGAGCAAAUGGCAUUUCUACAUGGCGGUGUUGGUAACAGGCCCACAGAGAGCAAUUUAGCAACCCUAAAUGCUCUGAAUCCUCUGAUAUCUCUCCCCCCAACAACCCCGGUUAGUCAGAGUAUAAAUCUGACUGACGAUUUUCCCACGACUUCCCACACGCCACAAGAAGCAACAAGAGCAAGCAAACGACCAGCACCAUGCACAGAAUUGUUUGCCGCAAACAGAAGUGGAAAUCGCAUGAACAGGGAUGUAGCAGAGCUGAUGCUCUUGAAGCAGUUGAGUGACACUGAUGCUUCAUACAAAAAGAUGGCAGAGGAUGAAGAUGAUGAAGAUUUGUUAUAUUGUCGGAGUCUGGUUCCCAUUCUGAGAGGGAUGCCAAAUAAGAAGAAGAGGCUGGCAAAAAUUAAAAUCAACCAGUUGUUGCUUGACAUUGAAUACAAUGAUGACAAUGUUGUUUAG